CUGGAAAUGUGGGCUUUUCAGAAAACAAAAUGGCCGAAGCUAAUCCUAGAAACGGGUUCUUCAGCAUGGGUCAGAAGACCCUGGCGGUUCCUAUGGAAUUGUUCGCAGAAAACAGGCGAAGAUUAGUUGCGAGCCUGAAUAAGAACAAGAAAGUUUCCAAGGGUAGUGUUGUCCUCCUUCAAGGAGGAGGAGAUCAAGGAGUGUGUGAGGGAGAUAGUAGUGAUGUUGGUCCAGUCUUUAGACAGGAAUCCUACUUCCAUUGGGCCUUUGGGGUCCUAGAACCUGACUUCUUUGGUGCUAUUGAUCUCAGUACAGGGAGAUCAAUCCUUUACCAGCCUAGACUACCAGAGGAUUAUGCUAUUAUUAUGGGACAUAUUCCCACUGCAGCUGAAAUUCAGGAAAGAUACAGAGUGGAUGAGGAAGUACAGUUCCAACUCUUCUACUUCUGGAAGGACCUAAUACAGACUCUGGGAAGACGACCCGUCCGGCUGCAUUCGAUGGAAUUUCCGAAUUUCCAACUGAUAAUUCAAUUCUUCACCACGAGAUGGCAGAGUUGAGGGUUAUCAAGACAAAGAUGGAGCUCGAGGGUAUGCGUUACGCCAGCAAGAUAUCCAGUGAAGCUCAUAUGCAUGUGAUGAGAACGAUUAAGCCUGGGAUGAUGGAAUAUCAAGCUGAGGCAACCUUCCUCCAUCAUACUUACUUCUACGGCGGAGCCAGACACGUGUGUUACACGUGUAUUGCUGGUGGUGGUGGAAGUGGAGCUGUUCUACACUACGGACAUGCUGGAGCACCUAACAAUCAGCUCAUCAAGGAUGGAGAUAUGGUUCUUUUUGAUUUUGGAGCAGAAUAUUAUUGCUUCUGUUCAGAUAUUACCUGCAGCUGGCCAGCAAAUGGUAAAAAAUCAUCUGUACCUUUGGAUGUUCUGGCUACACUAAAGCCUGGUGUCUCCUGGAGAGAUCUACAUUUGCUUGCCAAUAGGGUCAUCUUAGAGGACCUCACUGCUGCUGGGGUACUAACAGGAAGUGUUGAUGCAAUGAUGUCCGUCAAUUUGGCCGGCCGUCUGUUCCAACCUCACGGUCUAGGACACUUCAUAGGCAUAGACGUUCAUGAUGUCGGCGGAUAUCUUGAGGGACAUCCUGAGCGAGAUACAAGACCAGGACUUAGGAGUUUAAGGACUGCUCGAGAAAUACAGGCUAACAUGGUGCUAACUAUAGAGCCCGGGUGCUAUUUCAUCGAUUUCCUGAUUGACAGGGCGCUAGCAGAUCCAGAACUUAGCAGGUUCCUUGUGGCUGACCUGUUAAAUGAGUACCGCGGCUCUGGCGGUGUGAGGAUCGAAGACGACGUGAUUGUUCAUGAAAAUGGCGCUGAACUCAUGAGUGUAGUGCCCAGGACCGUUGAAGAGAUUGAGUCCUGGAUGUCUGGAGAUGACGCAUUUUUGAAAAAUAUCAAAUAAUGGAAUAAUAUCAAUAUUAUCAAUUAAUUAAUUAAUCAUUUAUUUAAUUAAUUAA